GGUAUUCCUUCUCCCGCGAAUUAAAACGGUCGCGGCGACGAAUGUCUGCUCCCCGUUAACAAUAGAAAUUAUCGUCAGAUUUUAAACCGUAUUUUGUUUUAAAUUAAAAAAAAGAAGAGGAGGAUUGGGUCGGCGCGAUGUUUCCUCAACAACGACAGCAGCAACAUUUCCAGCAGCAGCUACUUCAGCUCCAGCAGCUCAUUCACCAGCAGCGGCAGCAGCAUCGCCACCCUCACCCGCACCAGGGAGGCUCCAACCGAGCCAUGCAACAGCACCAGCACCAACACUACCACCCUCAACAGCAGCAACAUCAGCUGCCACAACAGCAGCAACAGCAACAGCUAAACCUACGUCCAACCAGUCAGCCGUCACUCCUUAACCCGAAUCCCAUGCUGCAGCGUGCCCUGAUAAUGCAGCAGAUGCAAGGUGGUCUUCAUGGUUACAGCAUGACUGCCCCAGGUCUUCAGCCAUUUUUCUCACCAGGACCCCGAGCAUCAAUUCUGGGCACCCCUCCCCUUGGCAUCCAGCUCCAGACACCUCGCAUCAGAUUUGGCAAUCAAUUGUUCCAGCAACAUCACCGAAGAUUUAACAAAGAUUUUAAGAGAAUGCAUGAUAUGAGAAGAGACCGCUAUCCACCAAGAGAGCCAUUCCGAGCAAAAAUGGAUGAACAGCAUGAUGCUAAUAAAAUCAACGAGGAAGCGGCAGGCAAUAAACCUGCCAAUGCAAAAGAUGCAGCUGGCUUUGCAUCUUCGAAAACUGAAGACUCUUCACAAACUGAUGAACCAGAUGCAAAAAGGAGAAGACUUGAGAGUGAGAAUGAUGAUAAUCUCAUUGAACAUUCUGAUGCUGGGGAGUCAGCUACAAGCAAGAGCAAACUGAAGGGAGAAGACAGAGACAAAGAAACCAGUGAAUGUGAAGGCAGUGGAGCUCAGAAUUUGGAGCACAGUGCAGCUAACACAGAGAUGCUCAGCACCAUGAGUACACUGAAAGUGACAAUUCAGCAGAGCAGUGAGAGUCGGGCAAUCAGUACAUCUGCACCAGACUCUGUGACCAAGGGUAGUGAGGACUCAACUGAGGAGAUGGAUUCUACACCUGCCAAGUUCAUCUGUUAUAUCUGCAAUGCUAACUGUUACAAUCAGAAGAAUUUUCAAAAACACAUGAAUGGAACUCGUCAUCAUCAGCGACUCCUGGAGAUUCAGCAAAUGAGUAAUGCUUGUCUGGCCACAAUGAUUCCGAAAUCAGAUGGAAUUGGAAGAGGCAGGGAAAGUGACAAGAAACGGCCCAGAUGGUGCAGCACCUGUCAGGCCCAUUUCCGAGGGAAUGUCAUUGAGCAUCGCAGGACACCGAGACACAAGCUUGCUAAGUACUCGCUGCGGCCUUUCUGCACUGUCUGCAGCCGACACUUCAAAACCCCCCGCAAGUUUGUGGAGCACAUGAAGUCGCCAGAGCACAAGCAGAAAGUGGAAGAGGUUAAGCUGAAGCGUAGCUCCCAGGAUAAAGACCAGGCUGGACAAGAUGAUCCAGAGGAUCUGAUCACUGUUGAUGCAGUUGGUUGCUUUGAUGAAGAUGAUGAAGAAGGAAUGACUGAGGAGGAGGAGGAUGAUAGCAUUUCUGAUUGUUUAAGUGAUAGGGAUUCUCAGGCAUUGCUGUCAGAGUUUGAGAAGGAGCCAUAUGAUGCUGAGGCUGUGUAUGGCCAGGAAUUUGUGGUCCCUGUGACCGGUUUCCUCUGCAAGCUGUGUCACAAAUUCUACCAUUCUGAGUCCACUGCCAGAUUUACCCACUGCAAGUCACUGAUGCAUUUUCAGAACCUUCAGGGUUACAAAGCACAAAGAGCCCAAGAUUGUUCAUCAGCUUCUGCUCAAGACCCAGCUCCGUCUGGGGUGAGUAGCUUUGGUUCAACAGAUGAUCACAAAUCAGGUCAGAAGGAGAUGAACACUGACACAACAUCUCCUGAAGCUGCUGCCAGCGAGCCUGAAACGGAGGAGGUGAGUGCUAAUGCUGAGAUCCAGGCUCCAACACUGUUGGGUGUUGAUGAUGCUGUUCCCAGCGUGGGCCAGGACAGUGCUUCCCCUUCUCAGAAUCUCCAGCUGAAGAACUCCAGUGAUGGAACUGGAGAGAUCUCUGAGAGUGCACCUGUCACAGUUUUUGCUAGCAAACUAAUUGAGACCCCUACACCAAACAAUGAAGCACUGGGCAGUACCAGUUUAGCAGUGGAACAGGUGUCUGCUUCUGAGAAAUGUGAAGGGAGUUCUAUUACUGGCAGUGAAGCUGCAGAUGAUGACCAGGAUGGAAAUGAAGAAUGUGACCUAAGCUUGACCAAGGCUGAGGAACCUAGUGAGACAGAGGAUGGUGAAGAGGAGCCCCUGGUUGAGAAGGAAUGCGAAGGAGUGACUGUCAAAGAGGAAAGUAAUGAUGCAGAGGCCGUAAUUGAUUGCAUACCCUUGGAAUUCAAUACCCCCAAAACGAGAUCUGGGAGGGCAACUAGAGGCCGUCGUUUCUCUGCAAGACGGAAGAAGUAAUGAAGGAUCCAAAUCUUUCUUUCUUACCACAGUUGGGAUAAAUGUGGAUUUAUCACUGUUAGAUUCACAGUGGACUGUCUAUCAGUGAUAAUGUAUUUUUCUUUCAUCAGUGAGGGAAGAUAAUGUGCAAGUCCACUGCUGAUUAUAAACUGUAGUGUCUCAAUGCAGUACCUGUUCAAAAAUAUUUUAGCACCUUCUUAUGAAUUGUAAAGUAGAGGCAACUUAAAUGCUCCAAAGAUUUUAGUGUUGUAACUUAGAGCAUUAGCCUUCAGUGUUUGCUUUUGGAAGUAACAUCACUGCAGUCUUUACUUCUUAUACUGCAGCUGGGUAAUUCCUUCUGUUUGAAUACUGUCCUUCACUGCUGAUACCUGAAUCUUAGGUAUUGUAAAACAAAGUAAUUCCUUGUAGGCUUGAAACCCGAUUUUUUAUUUUUAAAAAAGCCUCCCUUCAAAUCAGCAACUGCUUAUAGAAGACAUUAAGGUGUAGCAUGGCCAAGUAGGGUGCUCCUACUUGGAGCCCUUUGCUGUGGAUUAUUGCAUUGUAGUACAUAGCAAACUUGUCACUGAGUGUGAAGUAGAAAAUGGAAUCCUUUUGCUAAAUCCUGAUUAGUGGAUUUCACUUUUUUAAACAUUAGAAAAAACACACUUCCAUUUGCUGUAAGAUAGCUAACUGAUUUUCAUACUGAGCAAUAACAGAUUAUCUGCACAAUGUGCAAGUUGUACACUUGCAUUACAGAUGGUAGAAACAUAAUGUAGCAUACACUCACAGACUUACCAAGGUUGUUGCAUAAUUUCCAGUAUUGAUUCCAAAAGCACUCGUUGCUAUUUGUCCUUUCUUCCUGAAGGUGGGGGGGAGGUUAUGGGAGAGUGAUUGGGGUUUCUGAAGUGAGGGUUUUCAGCUAAAUCAGCACAGUGUGAAGUAAGGGUUUGGGGGGGAGAAAAGUGUUUUUGCCUGAGCUAUGGGUUGGGGGUGGCAUAAAGGUGUUUCUUUUGCAUGGUUUGGAAUCAGCUAUGAUGGAUUAAAAUGAAGCGGCUUGUGGGAAAAAGGUUUUUCGACAAAUUCACUGAAUCCCUUUCUCUAGACAUCAGUUCCUGAUGCUACAUGAUCCCACUAAAAAGCAUGCAGUUCUGACAUUAACAUUAGAUAUUACUAUUCUAGCUUUAUUGACCAAUAACUAAACUAGCAUUAUUUUUAAUGACCAAAAGGAUGUGGGUGAUAGUAUAAACCCACAUUUAUUGUAUCUCCCUAGGUAAUUUGAAAAAAAUAGUGGGCUGCUCUCCGUCUUUCCACAUUUGUCCUCACAAUGAGGGAAUUUCAGCAUGUUGAAUAGCAAGGGAAAGACAGUACAUAUCCAAAUCAGGAUGGUGUGCCUUGGAUGUUGCUGUUCUUGUCCAUCGGAGAGAUCCCUUGGACAAGGCACCAUCUCUUCAGCUACUUUAAGAAAAUCUCCCUUUGGCCAAAGAGCACACUAAGAAGCUGUUAACCUUAUUUGGGGGGGUCUAACUGUAAUGCCACGUAAUGCCAUGACAGUAGUGGGAUUGAAGUGUGAAAUUACAGCAGUAUUUAACAAGACUGGCCCCUGCCGUUUGUAAUCCAGCAUAGCCUUUGCUUUCUAGUCCUGGAACCGUGUACUCCAGGUACAGAAUGGGUAGAAUAGUUGGUGAUGGUUGGUACAGGGCUUGGGAAGGACUUUUAGGUUUUAUUUUGGUCUGUUGAUAUGGCGAUGCAAAUGCAAACAUUAAUUGUGCCAGCCAAUUUUCCAAGAAGUGCCACCAGUGAUUUUUUUUUUAAAUUUUGAAUCUGUUUCACUCAGUGUUCCAGUAAACUUGUUUUAAAACUGUACUGCGCCUAUGAACUACUACUUCAGAGGGGCCCAUUUCACGGUGUCCAAAAUAGUCAGCUGUCCUUGAAAUAACAGAAUCCUAAAGUAUGGAGAAAUUACUGCUUUCUCUGGCUUGGUUCGGCGUACAUGACUGUCCUUGAGCAGUGACUGCCCUGUACCCCAACCCAGAGUCCUGUGUCCCAGUUUAAGCUGCAGUAGGUCAAGGAAGUACUUUACUACGACUUUAACAACAGAACACAACUUGAUUUUAUAACUAAGUAACCCCUUUGAGAGCAGCAAUUAAACUUCAUUUUGACUGAGGAUGGAGGUUGAGAGAGGAGGUCAUACAGGUGUAUGAGACACUUGUUUGUGUGUCACCACAUUUCUCAUCUGAAUGCGCGCACACUUGUAUUUUUAAGGGUUGGGCUCCCAGGAGUACACAUGGUCCGAGACAUACAUAGGAUGUUCUUAAUUUAAUAAAGAAGUUGUCAACCAGAAAUAGGAUCAGGAGCAGACCCAUCUGUCCUGUUCCAUCACUCAAAAACGGUCAUAGCAGAUUUUCUGUCUUAACUUCAUUUUCCAGCUAUAUAUCUUAGUAUCCAAAAAUCCAUCAAUCCCUGUACUUUAAUGUACUCCGAAGACUGAACAUUUCUGGACUCUACGAUAGAGUCAAGGCAGAACUGGAAUCUGGAACAUUAGAUUCUGCUACCAGGUACACUGUCAGGGUUCAUACAGGACCCUUUAGUACAGUGGAACACCAGUAGAAUGAAGAAUGUGUUAGGUGUGUUUUUAAAGAAAAGUUUGGGGAUAAUUAUCACCAUAACCAAUUUGGCUUGUACAGUUUGACACAAGUCCCCGUGUGGGACCAGAAUCGAGAGCACGUUCUGCACAGGAUUGUUCACACUUGACGAUACUCCUCUAUCCCCAGACUCAAACCUCCUUUGUGAAAGGGCCAUUGUCCUCCAUCAGAUGGAAGAUCUUCAUUUCAAAUGGCUGUUGAAAAGAAUGUGUGUUUGCUUCAUCACAGUACAUGGUUCUCUGUAUUCCUUUUAAUUAAAUACUCCGAAUAGCAGUCUGUAAAGGCAGUACAGACAUCAGAGCAUCUGCUAUUUUUGACUGUCAUAUCACCACCUCAGAUGAGUCAUUUGAGAAUCUAGUGUCAUAAACACUUAUGAAUUGAUGUGAUGUUUGUAGUCUCACAGUGCUGUCACCUGCUCUUAGUUCAGUUGCUCUUACUUCAAACCUUUUUUGGAGAACCUGAUGGAAGAAAAAAGCUGAAUUCUUUAUACUAGAGUUAAAACCUGGAGUUAAUAAAAUGUGGGCCUUUUCUAAUGAAAACAAAAUACUGUGGAUACUGGAAAACUGAUACAAACAUGAAAAAUACUGGAGAAACUGAUAUUGCAGCAUCUGUGGAGAGAGUAACAGCUAAUGUUGAAUCCAUGUGACUGACUUGGUUCUGAAGAAAUGGCACCAAACUCACCGUUAAUUCAGUUUCUCGCGUCCACAGAUGCUGCCGAGUUUCUCCAGCGUUUUGUUUGUGUUUCCUAUGUAAUUUUCUUCCCAAAUGGUCCCAAUAUUUCAAACUGAGAUGCCAUGUAAUGGAAAUUUGUUCAAAUGAACUAUCCAUUUCUCCAUCAGGAGAAAGUGAGGACUGCAGAUGCUGGAGAUCAGAGUUGAAGAGUGCGGUGCUGGAAAAGCACAGCAGGUCAGGCAGCAUCCAAGGAGCAGGAGAAUCGAGAAUGACCCUCAUUCCUGACGAAGGGCUUAUGCUCGAAACGUCUCUUUUCCUGCUCCUCGGAUGCUGCCUGACCUGCUGUGCUUUUCCAGCACCACACUGACUCAGUUCUCCAUCAGGUUCUCAUUCCAUCUCCCUGAGCUGGACUAAACAAAGGUUCAAAUGUUGGGGUCCUUCAUCCAUGAUAACGACCAAGAAAAUUGCUUCUGUCAUUCGGACAGUACCUUAUUCACACUCAUUUGUGGAGGUAGAACCACUGUAUACAGUGCAGUGCAUAUACUCUUUUUAAUCUGUCUUAUGCAUCCUUGACCAAGCUGAUCUGUAAAAUGUCACAAAUGCAUCAUUAGCAGUUAACAAAUCCUCUUAAGAACAUGACAUUGGGUUUGUAGUAAAGGAAUAUUUUGGACGGACAGUGUUCAGUGUAUUUAGAGUAAUGGGGCAUUUAAAUGCUACUGUUUUUUGAAGAUGGUUGUCCCUUAUAAUGUUGAGUAAUUUUUUAAAAGUCAUUUCAUGUUGCUGUUUGUGAAUAAUGUCGUUUUCCCUUCUCCGAAAUAAAACUGUUUUCACUGUAA